UAUCGAAGCUCUAACUGUCGAAUAUAUCGAAAGCAAAGCCACAAAUCAAAAACACCGCGGAAAAAGUUGAACCGAAAAGUACCAUCUAAAAUGGAGACACCACCUGUACAGACCAUGACCAACGGAAGCUUGUCCGACAUACAGAUGUACCUGCACCUGGAGGCGUUGCGGCGCUUCAACGAGGAUGCCCGGAACGUGAAGCGUCAGGUUGCAGAGCAGGCACGGCUCUGGUUGGACGCCAAGUGCGAAUACCAACGGGAAUAUGCCCGCCUGGCCAACUUAACCAAGUGCAUUGCCAUGCGUGUGGCCCUGGACGCUAAGCGCCAGCCAGACGUGGAGAAAGGCAACCAGGCACUGAAGGAUGUGGCCUACAUGCGUGCCAAGAUAUCCAGCGAUCAGCGUCCAUCCGCCAUUGACACCAAAAUGGUGGAACAGUGCCACCAGCAACUGGAAUCAUCGCACAAAAGCCGCCAGAAGCUCAGCCAGCAGCAGAGAAACUUUGCCGAGAGCCACGAGGCCCUCCGAGCUCUUCGCAUUGCCGUGGACACGCUGGAGAAUGGCUUGGAGAUCGCCACCGUGCAGGCCAUGGACCAGCUAGUGGAGCAGCUCCUACCCCGCCCGGAACCAGCCAGACGCGAUUAGUCGUGUCAUAUAUAUAUUUGGAAUAUAUACGCCAGUUACACAAUUAUAAUCGAUUUAAAACUAA